AUCCGACAUCGUUGUGUGCGUUGAACCUAGCCCACCAACGACAACAACCGCCGACAACAUACAUCCCAAGGGAGUAUCCUAGAGCAGCGCUCUUCCUUUCGCUGGAUAUAUCCUUUUUGAACCGGUGACAGAGAGCAGGAUGUCCGCCAUCGAGCCAGUCGUCGUCAUUGACGGCAAGGGACACCUCUUGGGUCGCCUGGCCAGCACUGUUGCUAAGCAGCUGCUCAACGGUCAGAAGAUCGUCGUCGUGAGAUGUGAAGCCCUCAACAUCUCCGGCGAGUUCUUCCGCGCGAAGCUCAAGUACCACGCCUACCUUCGCAAGAUGACUCGUUUCAACCCCACCCGCGGAGGUCCCUUCCACUUCCGUGCCCCCUCCCGCAUCUUCUACAAGGCUGUCCGCGGCAUGAUCCCCCACAAGACCGCCCGUGGUGCCGCCGCUAUGGAGCGCCUGAAGGUUUUCGAGGGUGUUCCUCCCCCCUACGACAAGAAGAAGCGCGUUGUCGUUCCCCAGGCUCUGCGUGUUCUCCGCCUGCGCCCCGGCCGCAAGUACUGCACCGUUGGUCGUCUCAGCCACGAGGUUGGCUGGAAGUACCAGGACGUUGUUGCCAGACUUGAGGAGCGCAGAAAGGUUAAGAGCAGUGCAUACUACGAGCGCAAGAAGGCCGCUCGCCGCCAACUCGUCCACGCCCAGAAGUCGGCGGGUGUUAACGAGCAGACCAAGAGCCAGCUCGCUUCCCUCGGAUACUAGAUACCUAGUUGCGCGGCUGGUUGCUUGUGUUUGUGAUGGGAUGGGAUGGGAUCGCGAAACGGUUCUCUGCGAAGAUGGACAGCAAACCGAUCGACCUUUUUCUCACUGUCCCUACCUUUUCAUGAAAUACCACAAUUCUUAUGUUGUGACGCACAUGGAGGCUGGAGAGAUCGAUUCUUUCUACAUAAAAAAUACAGGAGUCACUUGGGAUGAAAGGUUGUUCAAAAUAGCUGACCCGUUAUUUCGCGCCGUGGCGGUUUAAUCCAAGAAUUUCUUUUCAAGAGUUCAAAUGACUUUGCUGUGACGAAUCCGAUGCACCAUUUACCACCGCUACUACUACUUACUACUGGCCCCUUGCAAUUAUGUGUAUUUCUAGCCCGCCCCCCGGACGGAGAGAGAGCGAGAGUACUGCCUAUCUUGUACUUGAAUUGCGAUAUGCGACUACCCAGGAUGCCGGACGAGGCUCCAUGUUCCAUCAC